ACAGCCCCUUAGCACGCCUCCGUCGCGGCGCCACCCUCACUGUGAAAGGCGCACGUACCCACGUCUAAGCUGUGUUUAGAGCGAAGCAAGUCGGUCCACAUCUCGCGGUCGAGUCCACCGAUAACUCCAGAGGGAGAGAGAGAGAGAGAGAGAGGAGAGAGAUCAUCGGCGGCAGCAGCAUCGAGCAUCUAGCGGUGUUGCUUCGGCGGCAAUGGGCUUUUCUUGGUCGGCCAUCCCCAUCUCCAUCUUCUCUGCCGUCGUCGGUGGUGUCAUCAUCCUGUUGCUCUUCGCCGAUUACUUCCGCCGAAGAAGGAGAGACGUCCAAGUGAUGGCUUCUGCCGCCACCGUGGCGACAAGCACAGCCAAGCAGAAUCAGAAGGCAUCCUCGUCUUCGAAGCCCCUCCACUCUCGGAAACCCAAUGUUAGACCGCAUCGCCCUGCCUCCGCGGUGGACAAGGAGAGCGCCAAGCGCCAUCACCCGUUGGAUCUGAACACUUUGAAGGGCCAUGGGGACUCCGUCACUUCUGUCGCUUUCUCUUCCGACGCCCAGUGCUUGGCCACAGUUUGUGCUGAUGGAGUUGCAAGGGUAUUUAAGCUGGAUGAUGUGAUGGGCAAAAGUUUUAAGUUCCUCCGUGUUAAUUUGCCUACUGGAACUCAUCCUACAGCAGUUACAUUUUGUGAGGGAACCUCAUCAUUCAUUGUAGCUGCGCAGACACUGUCUGGUUCUUCUCUACAUAUGUACGAAGAAGCAGUUGCUAAAGCUGGCGAUGAAUCAAAACAACCAGCCAAGCUUCCACUUCCUGAAAUAAAAUGGGAACAUGUAAAAGCGCAUGAAGGGAAGGCUAUUUUAACUCUAUCUGGUUCCAAAGCAAGUUAUGGUACGGCUGAUGGGAGCACAAUCGUUGCAUCAUGUUCAGAAGGUACUGAUAUUAAAAUUUGGAAUGGGAAAAAGGGGAACCUCUUGAAAGCUGUUGACACAAACCAGCUUAAGAACAACAUGGCAACAAUUUCUCCAAAUGGACGUUUUUUAGCAGCAGCUGCUUUUACAGCUGAUGUGAAGAUAUGGGAAAUAGUUUACGGGAAGGAUGGAUCAGUAAAGGAGGUUUCAAACGUCAUGCAGCUGAAAGGGCACAAAAGUGCAGUAACUUGGUUGGGCUUCUUCCCCAACUCAGAGCAGAUAAUUACCGCAUCAAAGGAUGGUUCCAUCAGAAUAUGGAAUAUCAAUGUUCGGUAUCAUCUCAAUGAGGACCCAAAGACAUUGAAGGUGUUUCCCAUUCCACUGCUUGAUGCAAGUGGUGCUGUGUUGCAUUAUGAUCGCCUCAGUGUUUCCCCUGAUGGAAAGAUUCUGGCUGCAACUCAUGGUUCUACAUUACAGUGGCUGUGCAUUGAAUCUGGAAAAGUGUUAGAUACAGCAGAGAAGGCCCAUGAAGGUACAAUCACUUCAAUUGCUUGGGCACCUCAUCCAAUUCCAGCUGGAGAAGGUUCUGUCUCAGUUUUAGCUACUGCUGGUGAUGACAAGAAAGUAAAGCUGUGGGCGACUCCAGCCCUCGUUCCCUCUUGAAGGUCUAGAUUUGAAAAGUUACUCCAGGGAAACUAGCUGCAGACUAACAUGAUUUGUUAGCUACACCCUGAAUCUUAACAGUUACGCCUCUCUUGCAUUUUGUAGUUAGCAGUAUAAUCAUGAAUAGAAGAAAUUUUCUUCACUAAUUUGCACAUUUGGUAGCUGGAUCUUAAUAUGGAAUAUAGUUUGGACUCUGUAAGGCUCUGUUGAGUCUUCCCGUUCUUGGGAAAUCAAAAGAAUAUUUGUACAUGAAAAUUUUGAUAUUUAUAUAGAUUCAUUCCUUUGGCUUGUUUGAUUUGCA